AAGACAUACCAAAAUGCUAUGAACAAAGAUUGUACACGUCACACACCAUCCGGAUCCUUCAUAACCCACCAUUUCAACCCGAUAAAACCCCCAAAUUUCAAUUCACUAUUUCAUCUACACACACCACACCACACUCACCCUAUCCAUCUUCUCCACCAAAUCCUAUCUGCAACUCCAAUGGCUUCCAUCUCCGCCGCAGCCACCGCUGCCGCCUCCUUCACCUCCUCCUCCUCCCCCUCACACCCUCUCUUCACCCUACCAAAACCCUCCACCAAAUUCCACCUUUCCUCCACCUUCAUCACCAACCUCUCCCUCCACAACCCUAAUUUCACCUCUUCCACCCCCACCACCACCACCCACCGCCGCCGUGCCCUCACCGUCCGCGCAGCCCGCGGCAAAUUCGAACGCACCAAACCCCACGUCAACAUCGGCACCAUCGGCCACGUCGACCACGGCAAAACCACCCUCACCGCCGCCUUAACAAUGGCCUUAGCCUCCACCGGCGGCGGCGUUGCCAAAAAGUACGACGAAAUCGACGCCGCACCUGAAGAACGCGCCCGUGGGAUUACAAUCAACACCGCCACCGUCGAAUACGAGACAGAAAACCGUCACUACGCCCACGUUGACUGCCCCGGUCACGCUGAUUACGUCAAAAACAUGAUCACCGGAGCUGCCCAGAUGGACGGAGCUAUCCUCGUCGUCUCCGGCGCCGACGGCCCCAUGCCGCAGACAAAAGAGCACGUGCUUUUAGCUAAACAAGUAGGUGUUCCCAACAUGGUUGUGUUUUUAAACAAACAAGAUCAGGUUGAUGAUGAGGAGUUGUUAGAAUUGGUUGAGUUAGAAGUAAGAGAAUUGUUAUCUUCUUAUGAGUUUCCGGGUGAUGAUAUUCCGAUUAUUUCGGGUUCGGCUUUGUUAGCUUUGGAAGCUUUGACUGAGAAUCCAAAGAUUGCAAAGGGGGAGAACAAAUGGGUGGAUAAGAUUUAUGAUUUAAUGGCUGCUGUUGAUGACUACAUUCCAAUUCCACAAAGGCAGACUGAGUUGCCGUUCUUGUUGGCGAUUGAGGAUGUGUUUUCGAUUACGGGGCGUGGGACGGUGGCCACGGGUCGGGUUGAGAGAGGUACGGUUAGGAUUGGAGAUAGUGUCGAGAUUGUCGGGUUGAAGGAUACCCGAACUACAACCGUUACCGGUGUUGAGAUGUUUCAGAAGCUGCUUGAUGAAGCGAUGGCGGGUGAUAAUGUAGGGCUUUUGUUGAGAGGGAUACAGAAGAUUGAUAUUCAGAGAGGUAUGGUGUUGGCGAAGCCUGCGACGAUUACCCCGCAUACAAAGUUUGAAGCUUUGGUUUACGUGUUGAAGAAGGAAGAGGGUGGGAGGCAUUCGCCGUUUUUUGCAGGGUACAGACCGCAGUUUUACAUGAGGACUACUGAUGUUACAGGGAAGGUGACAUCGAUUAUGAAUGAUAAGGAUGAAGAGUCGAAGAUGGUUAUGCCAGGUGACCGUGUGAAGAUGGUGGUUGAGCUUAUUAUGCCGGUUGCUUGUGAGCAAGGUAUGCGGUUUGCUAUUAGAGAAGGUGGGAAGACAGUCGGUGCUGGUGUUAUCCAGUCGAUUAUCGAGUGAUUUCGCUUAAAUCUGUGGUUUUAUAAUGAGUUGUUUGGAGGUUUUAUUCAUGAAGCUGUAUGCACUUGGUUUUGCAUUCUUAUGAUAUAACACAUAUUUAUGCUAGUCUGUUAGUUUAAUCAUUGAAAAUAUGAUCUUGGUUUGAUGUUGCUACAUUAUUUAAUCUUUAUUGCUAAUUUUUUGUUA